AUGAAGAUGGAGCAGCCAGUCCCAGAUGAAGUCACUGUGAUAGUUCACAGUGCCAAAGGACUACAGGGUAAAAAACCAGGUCGACACAAAUACUCUGUGAUAUUUGGUUUUGGAUCAAAAAAGUAUCGAACCUCAAUUGUGAAAAACCCUGGAGGUAAUCCAGAAUGGAAUGAAGAAUCUAUUAUCAAAGUGAACAAUACCUGUGACCACAUCUUUUUGAAUGUGACUGAAAAGGAAGAUAUCUUGGGACAGGUUUUGGUCCCUUUGUCCUCUUUACGUGACUCCAAAGGGCGAGUGGUGCGUACGGCACUGCAGCCUCACAAGAAAAAUGCCAAGCCACAUGGGGACUUGAUCUACCAAUGUUACAUCUCCAAGUUUCGCACAUCUAGUGACAUUGAAGACGAUGUCAACAAGAGUAAUGCUAGCAACAAUUGGCUAAAAACCAAUCCUUUUAUGACACUUGCAAGAUCACCUGGAUAUGCUCGCAAAUUUUUUAAGAAGGAUCGCAAGUCAAACGUGCUUUCAACAUUCAAUAAAAAGAUCUCACGAUCUUUGCAUGACAUAUUCAAUGUUGGCAAAGGGGAUUUAUCUGAUGAUGAAGAACCUGAGACUCAAUCUCGAGCUUUUCGUCUGAAGGCUGUCAGCACAUUUACUUUAGAUUGUGUCGGUACCGAACCAGAGAUUACAUACAUAACACCAAAUAAAGGAUCUGCUGCAGGAGGAACUAGAAUUACUGUUGUUGGGGAUUACCUGGGACAGGAUAAAAAUGAUAUUGUUACAUUGUCAAUUUCCAAUGUAGACUGCAUGUCAACAUUGGAGUAUGAAUCUCCAAGACAGAUCUACUGUACAACCCUACCUGGCCCUGUGGGUCAAGGGAAUUUUGUGAUAGAAACAAUGUCUGGUGGUGUUACUGUUUUGACUGAUGGUUUUUUGUAUGAACCUAUAGUAAGGAGUAAAAAGGCUCCUGCACCCACUCCGCCUAAAACACACAUGUCUCAGGCUACUGAUAUACCAAUGACUUCUUCACUUAGACGUAAUGCUGCUUCAACACCAAAUUUGAUGGCAGCUCAGGGUCUUGAACCUCCAUCUCCUGAAGUUCGUGUAAAAUCUCAAGAGAAAAUGUUGGAAAAUAAACACAUGUCUGUUCCUUCACCUACGUCCACAAGGCUGACAAAUGAAACUACAUUGCCUCCUAAGACUGCUCCUCGUUCUGCUACUUUAAAUAGAACCCCUGAAAAGAAGGUUUCCCAAGAACCAAAAAAGGCAUUCACAUUAGGCAGGACUUCAGACAAAACACUCUCACAAGCAGAAACUGUUUCACCAAAGAAAUCUCCAGAAAAAAUUCACAAGACUCAGUUAAAAGAAAUAAAGCAAAAUGGAACAAGUAGUAAAGAAGGUAGUCCAAAAACUGAAAAUGUUGAAGGUCGUUUUAAGAAGAAUUUUUUGAAACAUCUGCGGCACACUCAAGAAACUCCACCAGCAAUUGAAACUAUCGUGAUUGAGAAUGGUGUCUCUGAAUGCGAGGAAUCUUCCACAGAAGAAGAUUUUUGGACAGAAAAGGCGAAACUGGCUGAACUGGAACGUCUUCAAGAGGAAAAUCGAGAUUUAAAGCAGGAGAAUGCAGAUAUGAAGGCCUACAUUGAUAAACUUCUGGCCAAAGUUCUCAUUCACUGUCCAGAUGCUUUGUCUGCUGAUGGAGAUCUCAGCCCACCAAAAUGA